CGCUGCCCUUCCUCCCGCGCCCGCCCCGCACGGCACCCGCGCCCGGCCCGCCUCCGCCAGCCUCGCCCGGCGGCCGCGCAGGGGCAGAGCGAGCCGGCGCCGGCGAGGAAUUAGGAGCGAUCCGAGGAGGAGCGAAAAAAAAAAGCCCCCCAUCAUCAUCAUCAUCAUCAUAAUAACCAUAAUAAAAGGAGAGCCGGCGCGUUAGAGAGCCUUUUUAAUUUUUAAUUUUUCCCCCUCCUUCUCCUCCUCCCUCGAUUUAAAAUAUUUUUUUUUCUUUUUUUCUAAAUUUUUAUUCUUUUUUUUUCUUUUUUUUUUCUUUUUUUUUUUUUUUUUUUUUUUUUGGGUGAGCGCACUCGAAAAUUAACAUUCGCGGUGUCCUGCGCGGUGGGAGCACACGCAGCGGAUCAUCAUCAGUCAUUCACCACCUUGACAACCUCGCCUGUGAUUGACAGCCGGAGUGGCAAAAAGCCAUGAGACUUGGUAGUUGGGUUUGAGGGGCACUUUAAAAAAAAAAAAAAAAAAAAAAAAAAAAGAAAAAAAAACUGAUUUGGGGAAAGGAUAUUUGCUUUCGCCCCGCUGCUGUCUUGGAAACGAGAGGGGGAGAGUAAGAGAGAGAGACAGGGAGAGAGGGAAGAAAGAAAGAAAAAAGAAGGAAGGAAGGAGGGAGAGUUGGUUUUUUUUUUUUUCUUCUAAUUUUUUUUCUCCUUUUUUAAUGCUGAGUUACCGUAUCGCUUCGCUGAGAUCCAGCAAGCCGAAGAUUUUACUCGAUUGCUUCCAUUGCUGGAGACGCUAAGGGAUUUUUGCCUUUUUUUGGGGGUGAGGGGGGGGGAACUUCGUGUUUCUUUCUUUUCACACUGGCCUUAAAGAGGAUAUAUUAGAAGUUGAAGUAGGAAGGGAGCAAGCAGGCCGAUGGCGCAAAGGUACGACGAGCUGCCCCACUACGGCGGCAUGGAAGGGGUGGGCAUCCCCACCACCAUGUACGGGGACCCCCACGGCGCCCGCCCCAUGCAGCCCGUCCACCACCUGAACCACGGGCCGCCGCUGCACUCGCACCAGUACCCGCACGCCGCCCACGCCAACGCCAUGCCCCCCGCCAUGGGCGCCUCCGUCAACGACGCCCUCAAGAGAGAUAAAGAUGCCAUCUACGGACACCCCCUGUUCCCUCUUUUAGCACUGAUUUUUGAGAAAUGUGAAUUAGCUACAUGCACACCCAGGGAGCCCGGGGUAGCGGGAGGCGAUGUUUGCUCCUCUGAGUCUUUCAAUGAAGACAUAGCAGUGUUCGCCAAACAGAUCCGAGCAGAGAAACCCCUCUUUUCCUCUAAUCCUGAACUGGAUAACUUGAUGAUUCAAGCCAUACAAGUAUUAAGGUUUCAUCUGUUGGAAUUAGAGAAGGUACACGAAUUAUGUGACAAUUUCUGCCACCGGUAUAUUAGCUGUUUGAAAGGAAAAAUGCCUAUCGAUUUGGUCAUAGACGAUAGAGAGGGCGGAUCAAAAUCGGACAGUGAAGACAUAACAAGAUCAGCAAAUCUAACAGAUCAGCCCUCCUGGAACAGAGACCACGAUGACACGGCAUCAACGCGCUCUGGGGGAACCCCCGGACCCUCCAGCGGAGGACACACAUCACACAGCGGGGACAACAGCAGUGAGCAAGGUGACGGCUUGGACAACAGUGUAGCUUCCCCCAGCACAGGUGAUGAUGAUGAUCCAGAUAAGGACAAAAAGCGACAUAAAAAGCGUGGCAUCUUUCCCAAAGUAGCCACAAAUAUCAUGAGGGCAUGGCUGUUCCAGCAUCUAACACACCCUUACCCUUCAGAAGAGCAGAAAAAGCAGUUGGCACAAGACACAGGGCUCACUAUACUUCAAGUGAACAAUUGGUUUAUUAAUGCUAGAAGAAGAAUAGUUCAGCCCAUGAUAGACCAGUCCAAUCGAGCAGGCAAUCAAGGAACACCCUACAACCCCGAUGGGCAGCCGAUGGGAGGUUUCGUGAUGGACGGCCAGCAGCACAUGGGCAUCCGAGCGCCAGGGCUGCAAAGUAUGCCAGGGGAUUAUGUGUCUCGGGGUAGUCCAAUGGGUAUGAAUAUGGGACAGCCAAGCUAUACGCCGCCCCAGAUGCCCCCCCAUCCUGCUCAGCUGCGUCAUGGCCCCCCCAUGCAUACCUACAUUCCUGGACACCCUCACCACCCAGCGAUGAUGAUGCAUGGAGGACCACCCCACCCUGGAAUGCCCAUGUCAGCAUCAAGCCCCACAAUGCUUCAUACCGGCGAGCCAGCAGUGAGCGGACAAGUGAUGGACAUUCAUGCUCAGUAGCUUAAGGGAAAUACACGUUGUCUGCAGCGAUGGUAGAUUUCAAACAUUGUCUUUCUGCAAUGACUAUGGAGUUCUUGGCGUCAACUUUGGACCAAGGGACGUUCCAGUUCUUCACAGGGACCCUGAAAAGCAGGAAAACACCAACUGAAGUCAACUUCUGGGGACAUGCUAAAUACCUAUAUAAGACAUUAAG